AUGGUCGACGCGCAAACGACGGAGAAGAUCGAGGCGUACGCGUUCCGCGCGCUCGUCGCGCACAUGCGCGAGCGCGCGGACGUGAGCAACAUCGACCAGAUGAAUCUCGCCGGGUUCUGCAGGAACUGCCUCGCGAAGUGGUACCUCGUCGGCGCGAGGAAGAACGGCGACGCCGCGAUGCGAUACGACGACGCGCUCGAGCGCGUCUACGGCGAGCCGUACGGCGACUGGAAGAAGAAGCAUCAGACGAAAGCGACGGACGCGCAGAUGGAGUCGUUCGAGAAGAACAAGCAUCUGCACGCGAAACACGACGAGGCGGCGCUGAGGGAUCCUCCUCCGCCCGCCGCCGCCGCCGCCGCCGCGCCGUCCGAGAAGAUUCCGACGACGACGACGACGACGACGCCGUCGACCUCGAACGCGCCGACGGCGAGUCCUCCUCCUCCUCCUCCUCUCGCGGCGAGAGGCGGCGCGUCGAGCGUGUGCUGCGAACCCGCGGACGCGCUCGCGGCGGCGGCGGCUGCGACCGCGUCGACGUCGACGGCGACGGGGGGCGUCCCGACGUCCGUUCGAUUAGGCGUCGUCACCGUCAGCGACCGCGCGUUCGACGGCGAGUACGAGGACGUGACGGGCCCCGCGCUCGUGUGUCAGAUGACCGCCGCCGCCGCGGAGCCAAAAGACCCGGGAGGGCACGGGUUCACGUUGUUCUCGCACCAGCGCGUCGUCGUCCCCGACGACGCGAGGAAAAUCGCGGCGGCUAUCAAAACUCUCGCCGCGAGCGGAUGCAACCUGGUGCUGACGACGGGCGGGACCGGGUUGUCUUCGCGCGACGUGACGCCCGAGGCGACGACGAGCGUGCUGCACAAGCUGGCGCCCGGCAUUCCCGAGGCGAUGCACCGCGCGGCGGUGGACAGAGGCGUGCCGCACGCGAUGCUGUCGCGGUCCGCGGCGGGCGUUCGCGACCGGUGUUUGGUGAUUAAUCUUCCGGGGCGGCCGCACGCGGCGAGGGACGAUUUAGACGUCGUGAUGCCCGUGCUCGCGCACGCGAUCUCGCAAGUGAGCGCGUGA